UGAUAAUUCAUGAUGAAACCCGGAAGGUGCAUCAACUCGGCUCCCCUUCUGCCAGUGCCCUUCUCCAUAGCUCGGCAUCUACUCCUCCCCGUCCCAACCAAGCCACCCAAGGAGGUCGUGGUUCUUCUUCUGCCAGACGCGGGCGUGGCGGGCGUGGUUCACCGCGGCCCGACCAACCUCCUAAUGCUUGGACGUCUCCACCACCGUGGGCCUAUUGGCUGCCGCCUUCACCAUGGGCCAUGCCCCCAUGUCCCUAUCCGUCAACCCCCUGGAAUGGUCAACCUUCUCCUCGCCCACAUCCAGGUGCUGGUAUACUUGGUGCACGUCCACCACAGGCACACAUUUCGGGUCCAUCUUCUACUUUCACGGACAUGAACAGUGCCAUGCACACCAUGACACUUACUCCUCCGGACAACAAUUGGUACAUGGAUACCGGGGCGACAUCGCAUAUGACCUCCGAUUCAGGAUCUCAGAACGGGCACAAUUCUAAUGCGGUGUAACAGUACGGGGGACCUAUAUCCUAUCCAG